CCAAGUUGUAAUGGUCUUCGUUUAAACGAAACUGAGGUUACACAGUUCGUACGUAAACAAACAAACGCGUCGUGUUUUUCUUUAGUUCAUAAACAUAUAUGGCAUGGACGUGAACUUGCUUUCUACUCUUAAGCCAGCACAUUCAUUUCGCGAUAACUCCAUUGGAUCCGUGUUAAGCAGUAUAGAUUUUGAUGACAGAGGAGAGUAUUUAGCAGCAGCAUGUUCUGCAGACGGAGCAGUUCAGAUUUAUGAUGCUCUGAAUCCAAAGUUGAUCAAAACAGUCUUUUGCCCAGAGAUGGGACUGGAAAUUGCACGGUUUACUCAUCAUUCCAAAAACUUGCUUUUGUCUACGAAAAAAACAAACAACAAUCUUUAUUAUUAUUCGACAUUUGAUGACAAGCUUAUCUCAACUUUUCCAGGCCACUCCGACCGUGUUACGAACUUGGAAGUGUCUCCAAUAGAAGAUCAAUUUGUGAGUACAAGUUAUGAUAAUACUCUAAAACUAUGGGACAUCCAUCGUACGCCUCGUUGUUUGGGAUCGUUGGACUUGCCUUCGGCUGGCUUGCCUGCAUACGAUCCUACAGGACUUGUUUUUGCCGUAGCUUGCCAUUCCUUAUCUCGUAUUUUUCUAUAUGAUGCUCGAAAAUAUGACACAGAACCCUUUUCUACGUUUUCUAUUAAUGACUCUAGGUACCUAUCUCGAUUUUCUUUCCCUCCUUUGAUGCCCGAAUGGAGGCAUAUGGAGUUUUCCAAUGAUGGCAAGUUCAUUCUUUUGUCCACCCGAGCAAAUGUACAUUAUGUGUUGGAUGCAUUUUCUGGAGAAAUUGUUUCGAGACUCGAUGGUUUUCAAGAUGUUCCUUCUUCCGACGCUUCUUUGGGUAGUUCCGUAACCUUUGCGCCUCAAGCGCCCUUUAUCAUCGGGGCUGCUAACGAUAAAACUCUUAACAUUUGGAAUCUCAAACAUCCUUCUCACCAUAAGGGUAAGUCCAAUCCACCAGAACGUCAAAUCGUCGCCCAAUCCCUCAUCAAACCUUUCCUUGCCAAACAUAAUCCCCGUUAUCAUCAAUUCAUUACUGGCGGUUCACAAUUAGUUUUCUGGCUUCCUGAAGAUUUUGAUUAAGUCUUUUACAAUAAUUGGUCAAUCAACAAUUCCUUUUUUUUUUUUUUUUUUUUUUUCAACCUACCUAUCCUACAUUCAUGAACCGAAAAAGUCGUUUAGGGGUUGUUUCAUUGAGGGUUGGUUUUCCAAUUUACGUGGUUCACGACUCUUUCUCUUUCAUGUUCUUUGCAUAUAUGGUGCUCAAUCAUGCUAAUAUUCAAAAUUUAUCUAUAAUUACUUUGACAAUAGACAAAGCAUCUGGAUUGAUUGUGAUACCUUCAAACUUCAGCUUGUGAUAACUCCCUGGUUUUACUCUUUUUUAUCGUUUUGGUCUAUAGAAACUGGCUAUAUCUUUCAGUAGCUUGUCCAUUAUAGAAUCUGUAUAGACGCGUCUGUAAUUUCCAAGUCUUCAUCCUUUUCAUAAACCUAUUUUUGUAGACUUUAAAUAUUUUUAUUAUAAUUUUUAUUUAAUAAACUCCAUAGAAACAC